AUGUCAUUUUUUGAAUAUAAAGAUUAUAUAGAAGAGGGAGAUUUGGUGUUGGCUUUUUUAAGUAGAACUUCAAUCAAACCUAUUUAUAUCAAAAAGGGAGAAAUUUUAAACACAAGAUUUGGUCAUUUUCCUCAUAAUUCAAUGAUAGGAAUGAAAUACGGAUCACAAAUGCCAGGAGCUAAAGGAUAUGGAUUCAUACAUUUGUUAUUUCCAACUCCAGAAAUGUGGACUCUUUCGUUACCUCAUAGAACUCAAAUUGUUUAUACUCCAGAUUCAUCAUAUAUAAUUCAAAGAUUAAAUGUUACUUGUGGAUCAAGAAUUAUAGAAGCUGGGACUGGUUCAGCUUCAUUCACACAUUCAUUUGCAAGAACAGUCAGUAAAGCAGGGAAAGUAUUUACAUACGAAUUUCAUGAGCCAAGAUAUUUAGAAGCCAAAAAGGAAUUGGAGCAACAUGGUCUAAGUAACACAACUAUAACUCAUAGAGACGUAUGUAAUGAUGGAUUCAAUAUCGAUCAAGAAGUAAAUGGAGAUGCAGUCUUUUUAGACCUACCUUCACCUUGGGAUGCAAUACCACAUUUAAAAUCAGUCAUCGCCAAAAAUAAAAGAGUUGGAAUCUGUUGCUUUUCACCAUGUAUUGAACAAGUAGAUAAAACAGUUGUAGCAUUAGAAGCAAAUGGUUGGACCAAUAUAGAAAUGGUUGAAGUUGCAGCAAAAAGAUGGGAAGCAAGAAAAGAGAUGAAAAGAGAUGUUGCCGAUGUUAUAAAUAGAAUAAAAGAUAUACAGCAAAGAAAAAAAAAUGGGUAUGAUAAUUUAAAGAAUGGGGAACCACCAACGAAAUUAGCAAAAAGUAAUGAAUCAAAUUUUAAAUCUUCCAGGAAAAGUGCAAAAGUUAAAGAAGGUGAAGAAGGUUAUAAUUGGUUAGAGGUAACGAAAACUGAAAAUGAAAUAAAAAGUCACACUUCUUAUUUGACGUUUGCGUAUUGUAUAAAUAAUGAUAACAAGGAAUAG